AAAACGAACCGAAGACCUUCCUUGUUCAAUCUUACAACAAUGAGGGUGAACAACUGUUUGGGAAAUUUGAAAAAUAUACGAUGCAUAGCAAUAACGAAUAUCGACUCUUUUUAAAGAGUGUCGAAGCGAAAGGACUGGAACUUAUAUCCGAUGUCAAUGAUGAACCAGCGGUUAUUACCUCUUUCGAAUAUAUACUACCCGGUAAAAAAUAUAAAAUAAAUGCGUCCCAUCUGACAGUGGUCAGAAAGGGAAUUACAUGGUCGCAAAUUGAAGAUAAGGUUAUGGAAAACGAAUCGUUACUGGCAGUAAAGACCUUUCUUCACGAAAUGAUUAAGUCACCUGUGGAAAUCUUUCCAGAACGGAUAAUGUUUAAGAACAAAACUCCGCUCAUGGAGUGGGAUGGGAUCCUCAUUUGCAACAAUAAAGUGUUUUUAAUCGAGGAAAAACAUCAAAUGACAGAUAAACAUGUAGAAAAAAUUAUUAGUCGAUUAAACGAGUUUCCGAAUAUGCUUGAAGCUACGGAUAGUGUGAAAUUCAAAGAUUUGAUUGGAAAACAAUAUAUCGGCAUCGCCUGUGGUUCAUUAUAUCCUGAGAAGUUGAGAAGAAUGUCAUUAGAUAAAGGGCUAAUGGUUGUUUUCCCGAGUGGCAACCGUUACAAAGUAGAGGCUCCUCAUGAACUGAUGUGUGCUAUUAAAGUGUCUACUUGUCAAUUAACGUGA